UUUUCUGGUGGUCAAGCGAAGUCAGUGAGCCAGUGACACCAGGAUAAUUUGAGUGAGAAAUAAGGAAUUACAAAGAAACCUCGUUUGGUUUUAUUUUCCUUUACUAUUGAUGAGCAGAGGAGAAAAUCUUGAUUUUUCAGGUUUGAACAGCCGGGAGACAAAACAAAUGGGAGGCCUGUAUUUUCUUAUUUCCUGUUCAACUGCUUUGCUCUGUUUCUUCCCUGCAACCUCCUUUGCUGCCGACACCUUCACUCAAUCUCAAUCUAUCAGCGAUGAGCAGGGGCAAACCUUAGUUUCAAAGGAGGGAAGCUUUGAACUAGGCUUUUUCAGUCCUGAAAAUUCCAAGAAUCGUUAUGUGGGGAUCUGGUACAAGAAUAUCCCAAUUCUCACAGUAGUCUGGGUCUUAAACAGAGACCAUCCACUUACAAAUUCCACCGGAGUUUUGAAGAUAGACAACAAAGGCAAUUUCGUACUUUUCAAUGGAACAAAUGGUCCCAUCUGGUCUUCAAAUUUCACAAAAGCAACAAUAGCAGCAGCAGCAGCAACAGAGAGUUUGGUGGUACAAUUGCUAGAGUCGGGAAAUCUUGUUCUGAAGGAUGGGAAAGAUGGCAGUUCAGAAAGCUUCCUAUGGCAGAGCUUUGAUUAUCCAUGUGAUACAUUGUUACCCGGGAUGAAACUAGGAUGGAACCUGAAGACGGGAAUGAACUGGCGCUUAUCAUCGUGGAAGAGUGUCGACGAUCCUUCUACGGGAGAUCUUACUUAUGGGAUAGAGCUUAACGAAUACCCUGAAACAGUGAUGCGGAAAGGAUCGAAGGAGAAUUAUAGGGCUGGACCAUGGAACGGGCUUCGAUAUAGUGGGGCACCCGAACUGAAGACCAAUCUUAUUUUCAGUUUCAAAUUUACUUGGAAUAACGAUGAGGUUUCUUACAUGUACCAGCUGCUGAAUGACAAUUCAGUUAUUUCAAGGUUGGUCUUGAACCAAAGCACCGGUAACGGCGGCGAGCUUCAACGCUAUACAUGGAAUACCUUGAGUCGUAAUUGGCAACUCUUCUUGUCGGUGCCGAGAGACUACUGUGACAGUUAUGGUCUUUGUGGUGCGUACAGUGAUUGUGACAUGAACGAAUCUCCGGUUUGCCAGUGUUUGAAAGGAUUCAAACCAAAAUCUCCAUCUGAUUGGAACUUAAUGGAUUGGUCCGGGGGAUGUGUACACCAAGCAUCUCUGAAUUGCCGGAAGGGAGAAGGAUUUGUAAAGUUUACAGGGGUCAAAUUGCCGGAUACUAGGUAUACUUGGGUGGACAAAAACAUUAAUCUUAAAGAUUGUGAAGUCGAAUGCCUGAAGAACUGCUCUUGUACUGCAUAUGCAAACUCUGAUAUUAGUGGAGGCGGCAGCGGCUGUGCUAUUUGGUUUGGUGAUUUGAUCGAUAUUAGACGGUUUUCUAACGGUGGCGGUGGGCAAGAUCUCUACAUUCGAAUGGCUGCAUCAGAACUUGCACAUGAUUCCAAGAAGAAGAAACGAGUGAUAAUGAUAGUCCUAACAGUAGUUCCGGGGAUGCUUCUGUUAGGUUGGUUUGGUUGGUACUUCUACAAGAAGGAAAAAUCUGAAGUAGGAAAAGUGGAGAGAAAUGAAGAAAGAAGCUACAGAGACGAAAGUAAUAUCGACAACCUUGAGCUCCCUUCUUUUGACUUUGCUACCAUAGUAAAAGCUACUGAUAACUUCUCCGACACAAAUAAGCUUGGAGAGGGUGGCUUUGGCCCUGUCUACAAGGGAAAAUCGGUGGAGGGACAAGAAAUAGCUGUGAAGAGGCUCUCCAAGAGUUCGAUACAAGGACUGGAUGAGUUCAAGAAUGAGGUUAUAUUAAUUUCCAAGCUCCAACAUAGGAAUCUUGUUAAGCUUCUUGGGUGUUGCAUUCAAGGUGAAGAACGGAUGUUGAUCUACGAGUACAUGGACAAUAAAAGCUUAGACUCUUUUAUAUUCGAUGAGAAAAGAAGCAAAUUAAUGGAUUGGGAAAUGCGCCUCCACAUUAUUAUGGGGAUUGCUCGAGGACUCCUUUACCUCCAUCAGGAUUCUAGAUUGCGAAUCAUUCAUAGAGAUCUCAAGGCAAGCAACAUUCUACUUGACAGCAAAAUGGAACCAAAAAUAUCUGAUUUCGGUUUGGCAAGAAUUUUUGCAAGAGAUCAAACUGAAGCAGAAACUAGAAGAGUAGUUGGAACAUACGGUUAUAUGUCUCCCGAAUAUGCAAUAGAUGGACUCUUUUCAGUGAAAUCGGAUGUGUAUAGCUUUGGGGUUAUAGUGUUAGAGAUAAUAAGCGGAAAGAAGAACAGGGGAUUUUAUCAUCCAGAAUUUCAGCUUAAUCUUCUUGGGCAUGCAUGGACACUAUGUAAUGGAGGACGGGCGAUGGAGUUAAUAGAUCCCUCAAUGGGGGAGUUAGGUUCGGCGACUGAUGAAGUAGUAAGAUGCAUCCAUGUGGGUCUCCUCUGUGUUCAACAAAACACAGAAGAUAGGCCAACCAUGUCCUCUGUGGUUUUGAUGUUGAGCAGUGGGUGUUCAUUGCCCAAGCCUCAGCAACCAGGCUUUUUUGCACAAAGGUAUCCUGUCAUGGCACCAGACUCAUCUUCUAGUAAGCAGGAAUCUUAUAUUACAGGUGACAUGAGUAUUACAUUGUUGGAGGGUCGAUAAGAGCCCUGUUUUGUUCGCUUACUGUUUGGCUUCCUCUUGGUUGGUUGGUUAGUUGUUAAGUAAGCCUAAAGCUGCUGGGUGCUCGACUGGUUGUUAUGGAACUUGGAAGGCACACCACCUGAUUUUAGAGCUCAUUACUUAAUUUGCACUAUAACAUAUGUAGCUCAUGGUUUUUCUUCAUUUCAUGAGUAAGGACUUACACGCAAGAUCAGUGGACACCACAUUUAACCCAGAAGUUUGAAUCAUUACGUUGUGGGUCAAUCUUUAUGUAUAUAAGUUCUUUACAUCUUUA